AUGAGUCGUUGUCCUGAUGCUGUUAUAUGCGAAUCGGUUUUUGGUGAAGUUUACCAAUUGACAUUCUUCACAUUCAUUCUCUGCCUUAACCGAGACCUACCGCGAAUUGGCACAAGAGAUUGGGCGAAAAAAUGCUCUGAAGAGACAGGCGUGGAUUAUGCGCCCGUAGAUCAAUGCGCAAACUCUGAAUUAGGCAAACAAUUGUUUGUGGAUAGUGUUCAUGUGACCAACGAACGUGGGGUUACCAAAAGUUGUACAAUUUAUGUUAAUGGAAAGCCAAGAUGUAUAAGGGAUGGAAGAUGGUACAGUUGUGCAGAUGGUCAUACGGUCGAUGAUUUUGUGCGUACCAUUGUGGAUGCAUACAAUGACCAGGAAGUCAUUGCGUAG